UCUGAAACAGAGUCGUCGUAGCAAGUUGUGACCUAGUGGCGUUAAAUAAGGUCGGCUGGUGGCUUUGCGUUAUAAUUUUUCGACUACAGAUUCGACUGGUUUUAUUCUAAAUCUAAAUUAUCAGAACGUGUAGCAUACUGUUCAAUUCAAUACGUUAAUAGCCAUUAUAAUAUCGCGUUAAAGUUGAAACUAGCAUCAAAAGCGUCGGACGAAAUCCCAUAAGGACCAUGCUACGCUCUAUCGCUGCGACAAGAAACGAAUUGGGCGCCUUGCGCGUCAUCUUGCUUCGAGCCCGACCGGUGAGAUCGGAUUCUAACUAUGGAGUCCGGACCCUAUGCAGUGUUGGCAAUCAAAUGCCCAUCAGGUCACCACUACAUAGUAGAGCGAUCCUCAGUCGAAAUCAAUUAUUGCCAGCAUGGAAGUACAAUUUUGUCCGCGCCUUCGCCAAUUUGCCAGAGCACAUACGUGUCCCGCUGCCAGCGCUAUCUCCGACUAUGGAUCGCGGCUCCAUUGUCGGUUGGGAAAAAAAGGAAGGCGAUAAGCUAAACGAGGGUGAUUUGCUGUGCGAAAUUGAAACCGAUAAGGCUACCAUGGGCUUUGAGACACCCGAGGAGGGUUAUCUGGCCAAAAUUUUGGUGCCCGGUGGGACAAAGGAUGUGCCAGUCGGCAAGCUGGUGUGCAUUAUUGUCCCUGAUGAGAGUAGCAUUGCUGCAUUCAAGAAUUUCGUUGACAGCGGUGGUCCAGCCGCGCCUGCUGCUGCCGCAGCACCAGCAGCCCCACCACCGCCACCACCAGCAGCAGCAGCAGCUCCAGCCCCUGCUGCUGCCGCACCUGCAGCCCCGCCACCAGCAGCCGCGCCAUCACCACCUGCGCCCGCCCCGGCUGCAGCAUCAGGUGGCGGUCGUGUCUAUGCUAGUCCCAUGGCCAAGAAGCUAGCGGAAACAAAGCAGCUCCGUUUACAAGGCAAAGGUUCUGGCGUCCAUGGCUCACUUAAAUCUGGUGAUCUUGCAGCCGCGCCAUCAUCAAAGCCAGCACCUAAACCUGCCAAGUCUGAUGCGCGCUUCAAGGACAUCCCAUUGACUACGAUGCGCUCAGUCAUUGCCAAGCGACUGCUGGAGUCCAAGCAGAAUUUGCCACAUUACUACGUAACCGUUCAUUGCCAGGUGGACACGCUGAUGAAGUUCCGAGCACACAUAAACAAGAAAAAUGAGAAGGGAGGCGUACGCGUCUCCAUCAACGAUUUUAUAAUCAAGGCCGUGGCGACUGCAUGUCGCAAGGUGCCCGAAGCGAACUCGGCUUGGAUGGACACGUUCAUUCGGCAAUACGACGAUGUCGAUGUGUCUGUGGCGGUGUCCACUGAUAAGGGACUUAUAACGCCCAUUAUCUUUGGCGCCGAUCGUAAGGGAGUGUUAGAAAUCUCUAAGAAUGUUAAGGAGCUGGCAGGGAAGGCACGCGACAACAAACUGCAGCCUCAUGAAUUCCAGGGAGGCACCAUCUCCGUGUCCAAUUUGGGCAUGUUCGGUGUUAAUCAAUUCUGUGCCGUCAUCAACCCUCCACAAUCCUGCAUCUUAGCCAUUGGCACAACAACGAAACAGCUUGUAUUGGAUCCAAACAGCGACAAAGGAUUCAAGGAAGUGAAUAUGCUAACCGUAACGCUGAGCGCCGAUCACAGAGUGGUCGAUGGCGCCGUCGCCGCUGUAUGGCUAAAACAUUUCCGGGACUUCAUCGAGGAUCCGGCUUCAAUGAUAGUGUAAAAUGCUACGGAUUCAAUUUAA